GACAAACCUACCACAAUAAAGGAGGCGAUCAAGAAGUGGGAGGAAAAAACGGGUCAGAAAGCAUCUGAAGCAAAGGAAGUAAAGCUGUACGCCCAAUACCCACCAAUAGAAAAACUAGACGCAUCUCUGUCAACAUUAACCGCUUGCGAGAAAUUGUCUCUGUCAACUAACUGUAUUGAAAAAAUCACCAAUUUGAAUGGACUGAAAAACCUGAAAAUACUGUCCUUGGCGAGAAACAAUAUAAAAAAUCUCAAUGGUUUGGAGGUUCUUGGAGACACUUUGGAACAACUAUGGAUUUCGUACAAUAUUUUAGAGAGACUCAAAGGGAUCGGUGUUCUCAGACGACUUAGAGUACUUUACAUGUCAAACAACUUAGUGAAGGAAUGGAGCGAGUUCCAGAAGUUGUCUGAGCUACAAAAUUUAGAGGAUCUUUUGUUUUUAGGUAAUCCCUUGGAGGAAAAUAACUCAGAGACUUGGAGGGAUGAAGCAUGUCGAAGACUUCCACGCCUAAAAAAGCUGGACGGAGUGCCUGUGCUCCAUGAAGAAGCAGACGAAGAUUAGCCACCAGUAUGAAUGAAAGUUUUGGUCCGGAAAUGGUCGCCUUCCAUAUGUCAAACCACUUUGAAAAUGAGCAGGAUUUAAGUAUUCAGACCAAUAACUGCAUAUAAAAAUAUUGUUAUCUUUUAUGAUAUGUUGGUUUUGCGAGGGCAAUUUCA